GCUCAGGUCAACAGAAGACCUGUGUGUUGAUAUCCGGGCAGUCUCCUGGGGGGCAGCAUGCCAGCUGGAUGCAUCAUGACGCCUCACAUCGUGCCUCUGCGCCUGCCCCGCCCGGGCCGGGCCAGGCAGCACAUCGACACCGGGACACCUGUGGAGAUGAAGUCAGACUCUCCCGAGGUGCAGAUCUACUACAGUCUGGAUGGGUCUCAGCCUGCAGCCUCAGCAGGAAGCAGGAAGUACAGCCGAGCGCUGCUGCUGCCGCCGGGUCGAGUCUGUGUGAGAGCCGUGGCCGUCAGCAGUGACGGCAGACAAAGCGCUGUUGUAACAAAGGUUUUCUCAGUGGAGUCUGUGGAUUCAAAUGAGCCAAAGUCCAUGAAGGAGACCGGAGCAAAGGGUCAGCAGGAGGACCAGCAGGACGACCAGCAGCAGCUGUGUGAUGUCACUUCCUGCUCUGCUGAAAUCUCCGCUGGUUCUUCACAACAGCUUCCAGAGCCGAGGAUGAUGGGAAAUGCCCCAAACUGCUCCCUGACUGGUCCUCGCUUCCUGAACAGUCGACUGGGCCCCCCAAAAAUGUACCAAGCCCCUCAACCUCCCCGAAACCCAUCGUCUGAUCAGUAUUGCCAGACCGAGGGUGUCGGAGCACGGGACGGUCUGCUGGAGAGCCUGAGCAGCACCCAGAGGAACCGAAUCCACCGCCAGACCGACUUCCUGCGGUGUGCCAGGUGUCUGAGUCCUCGUCCUCCAGACCCGUUUGCUCGGUUCUGUCCUCAGUGUGGCGCUGCGCUGCCUGCAGUCCCAGCACAGAGGCUGCCCCCUGCUGAGGGGGGACAGGUGCUGCAGUGUGUUCACUGUGACGCUCUGGUUCCAGUCAACUGUGCAGUGUGUGUGCUGUGUGAAGCCGCUGUCGCCCCCCAGCUGCAGCCUCAGGCCUCUGCAACCCUGCAGGACCAUGUAGUGUGUGUGUCCUGUGGCAGUGGAAACCCAGCCGGUGUGCCAUGCUGUGUGCUGUGUGAGCGCCCCCUGCCUGCCACGGCAGGCUGUGUGGGUCACAGCGCCCCCUCUGUCCGCUCAGCAGAUCACAGGCUGCUCUGCUGCUCCAACUGCAAACGCUUCAACCAGACCGACGCCAGGUACUGCGACUGGUGCGGCUGCAAGCGUGGUUCUGCAGUCAGCAGUGUGUGUGUGCGGUGUGGAGCCAGCGGUCAGCCUCACGCUCUCUACUGCUCCUCCUGUGGAAACUUCCUGCAGGCUCCGCCCCCGCCUGCAGUGGGCGCCACGCCACUCCCCCGCACGGCCACGCCUUCCAGUGAUGUCACCAGGCAGGUCGCCCCCUCGCGUGGCCCCUCCCCCCACAAGGCAUCAGCCCCGCCCACAGCGAACCAGCAGACACAGACUGUGGGUCUGUUCUACCCGUCCAGCACUGAGCUGCAGAGGAGGCAGAGCGGGCAGCAGAGGGCGCCAGAGAGCAGCAAGAGAGAGGCCAGGCCGCCGACUGCUGUCAGCCCUGGGAGAGGUUACUGGAGGCAGCAGCUGGAUCAUGUGUGUGCUCACCUGAGGAGCUUCACCCAAAACAACGCUGCCUUCAGGGCCCUGCUGGGAGAGCCACGCCUGGGACGGGUGGUGUCAGCUGUGCUUCAGGAGGACCAGCAGGAAGUCAGUCUGACUGUCAGCUUCAUGUCUGCAGGACAGGACACACACAGGACAGAGAGAACACACACACCAACACAGGUGAGUGGGGCGGGAGGCCUCAGCAGCGUGACGGAGGGAUCAGCUGAUCGGCUGACAGGAAGUGGGCGGUCCGGUCACAGGAAACCCUCCAAACUGAACCUGACAGCGAACACAGCGCCCAAACCUCCUCUCAGAGAUGCUCAGCUGCUGCAGGAGCUCGGGCCGGAGGGGCAGGGUCAGAUCUGCGCCGUGCAGAAACUGCUGGACCAGGGGGCCGACCCGUCAUGUCGGGACAGCAGUGGCCGGCCGGCCCUGGUGGUCGCUGUGGUGAACGGGCACCAUGAUGUGCUUCCUGUCCUGGUGCAGCGCGGCGCCGACAUCAACCAGCAGUCUGGAGCGAUGAAGAACACAGCUCUGCAUGAGGCUGCAGCUCUGGGUAGAGGAGGCCUGCAGAGUGUCCGCCUGCUGCUCAGCUGCGGUGCCAGCCUGCACCGGAGGAACGGUGGCGGCCAGACGGCGUUCGACAUGGCGGUGAGCAGCGGCUGCACGGAGGCGGUAUCUCUGCUGACGGCUCACAGCGGACAGGACCUGCUGAGCAAACUGGUCCCGCCCAGAGCCAACAUGGCCGUCUGCUGACAUGCCGAUGACAUCACAGCGGGAGCCUGGCAGCAGCUGAGCUGUGAUCAAUAUCUCAUGAAGUGAUAAGAAA